CCUUGGACUUAUUUGUCUCCUGGAAAAUCUCCAUCGGUCCCUGAAUCCAAGCACAACCAAAGUCACGUUUGUGCUAGGACGAUGAGCUUGUCAGUUUUAUUGCUUCCCCUCCUGGGACUUCUAGCCGUCGUAGAACAGGACCGCGGGCCGCUUCCUGCAGAUAGAGCAAUGGUGCAGAAGAUUGGCAGAAUCAUUUCGGAGAGCAUCGCGAGCCGAAUUCCUGACGCGGAUGGUCGUGCUUCGAAUCUUGUGCAGGUCGAUCCCGAGGAACGUACUAAGAACUCGUCCGCAGUUCGUGAUCAGCAGGAUGAGAGUCAUUCGAUCCCGGGUGCAACCGAUAUCAUCACAGCAAGGGUGAUAAACAAAAUGGAGAGUGACCCAGUGAGGCUGUAUUGCAAUGUUUAUGAGUACGGUCGCUCGACUGUCGAGUACAGAGCAGUGUUCUUGAAGCGUUUGGAAUCUACGAGCUUUCAAAUGAAUCUGCCGGAUGAUGAGUUUGCAGAUAGGCAGCUGAUUUGCAGCUUUGCGUGGAGAGACGACAAAUUCAUGUGGUGGGUUCUGUACAAAAAUAGUCCUCAUCGCUAUGAUGAGCCACUUUCCAACUGGCUUGUGAAUGAGCAGGGUCUUCACUACAAGACCAAGGCUCUUGGUUUCUGCCUCGUUCGAGAAUGGGAGAACUGGUAACCAGCGGAAAAACUCUUCACUUCGUGUUCUGCAUCCAAAAUUCAAGGCUGCUACUUCUGGUGUAGAUGCUCGACGGUUUUAAUUUUGAGGUUCGUAGCUAAAGUAGCUUGUGGAUCUAACAAUGAAAUCUGAAUCUUCUCAAAUUUGUCUUUGAACAUUUUUACAAGAUUUCAAGGAAGAAGUACUGGCUCGAGUACCGUCUCUUUCGAUUC